CCGGCCGGCAGUAACCCGCAUACGUGCUCAAGUACGUUGGGCAGAUCGGUCGACAAUCCUGUCUGGUUUGUGUCCGGAGUUUUUGGUUUCGAGGCGAUUCUUUGGCGUCUGAUGACGUCCAGAUCGCGGUCAAGCGACCCCUCUAGUCUUCCAUCCCUAUUCGAAACACUCUCAACAGCAACGGGCACCACCACUGAAGACAUCGAUCUUCAAAACCCGCUGGAUUUUGAAGAGAUUGACCUUAAUGCACCGGUGGUUAUAAACAAUGUGGGGCCUCCACGAGCCUCCGCACAUCUGCACACUGCGUUAACGCCCGGUACAUUCUUUCCUGCGUCUAAAUCUCUUUCAAAUCUCUCGCUUCCACCAGAGCCACCCGUAACAAACACUGGCCGGCGUGCUUCUGCAACAGCACUGCAGUCACAGGGGAAAUCACCACAGUCGCUCAAAGCUCGGCAAGAUAAGGCUACGUACCUUCAAACGUCAAACGUACAAUCGCCGACACUCAACCCACGGAGGAGGUCGUGGCUUGGAGGAUCCGCCCACCAACGCACGUCGUCUGAGAUUGAUCGCGAAUACGAUUCGGAUGAUAGUGUACCAUCGGAAACCGUCUUACACAAUGUGCCGUGCUCCGCCUCGUCUGCAGUCGAGCAGGUCUCUCCCGACAGGUCGUCAAUGCAAUCACCGGUGUCAUUGAGAAAUAACAGCUACGCGGACGAGAUGGGCAAGGAUGCCCGGCAUAUCGCUCGUGCUUUGGAUCGUAACAGGGAGAAUGCGGAACGAGAGUCGAGCACAAGACCUCAGGCUGUAAGGAGCAUUUCUUUCGUCAAAGAACUCCAGCAGCGGAAAACCACCAUGACGGCCCCCGUACCUGAUCCUGUACCCGUGUCAAGGGAGAAGCAAAAGGUGUUAUCGCUGACCCGCCCCUCAUGGUUGCCGCCAAAAAGCAAAGACGAAGAAAAACGGCAUCUUGCAGAAUACGAGAGGAUGAUGCAAAAAUCGAGAGAUUCCGAGCGGAAAGCCCAAGUUCGUCAGGAACGAGAUGAGGCGGAACGAGAGAGAAUGCGUGCAGAUAUAUCUUAUGUGUGGGAGACACGAGUACUGCCCAAUUGGCGGACAGCUGUGCGAGAUCCACGGAUCAGGGAGUUAUGGUGGCAAGGUAUACCUUCACAACUACGUGGUAAGGUCUGGGGUCGAUGUUUCGGCAAUGCUUUGUCAGUCGUUCCAGAUUCAUUUCGGUUGGCAUCAAUGCGAGCAAAUGAAGCCAAGGCAGCGCUGGUGGGCGACAACGACGAAAUCUUGACGACCAGUGAAGUCACCGUGAGGGAACGCGUUCGUACUACGUUGUUACUAAUUGUUGGAGAAGUUGAAAUGACACUUCCGGAACUGAAGAUGUUUCAAAAGGGUGGGGUUCUGCACGAAGACUUGUGCACCUUGUUGGAGGCUUAUGUGCAGUAUCGCUCUGAUCUUGGCUACGUUCCAGGAAUGUCUCAUCUUGCCGCCUUGAUGCUACUGAACAUGACACCUCAGGAAGCGUUCAUCGCGCUGGCAAAUCUUCUCAACCGGACUCUCCCGUUGGCCCUUUAUACGAACGAUGAGGCUGUUGCCAGUAAAUACAGAGCUGUGCUCGAGAAGAUGCUAUUGGAGCGACUUCCUCAGCUGCAUUUCCAUCUGCACAAGAAAUUGGGAUUGGUUGUUGCAGAUUACUUUGAUCCCGUUGCCAUGCCUUUGUUUUCAGCACACUUGCCUGUCGAUACUGCUUCAAGGCUUGUUGACAUAUAUUGCUUCGAGGGUGAUGGCUUUUUGCUGCGGUCAUUCAUCGCUUGUCUUGUUGCGCUGGAGGAUAGGCUAUACGGAGACAGGGACGAAGUUGCUAAUGUGCUUGGAUGGCAGGCAGCACAGUGGAAUUUGCGGAAGACGGACAAUCAGUUUUUGAGUAUCAUCCGUGGGGUUGGAACGGGAUCCUGAUCGGAAUGCGGUAAUUUUGGAAAUAUCGGCGUAUUGGCUUCUUAUCAUAUCUGGCCCCGCUUAGGGAGCUGCAAAUUAGUAUACCAUUUUUUCCCAUCUACUAGCUUGAUCCAUUCGUAUGCAAUUCACGCUC